GGGCUCUGCCCACCACCUAGUAAGACACCUCCUCGGUUCUUCCCCACUAGUUCCGUCUUCUCGUUCUCCUCCUUUAAGACACCCUUUCCCCCUAGUACUACUACCUGUACCGAAGAAGGCAUCUUGUGAGCAUCCAAACAUGUCUGACUGCUGCAAAUCCGGUUUCAAGUGGGACGGUAAGCCAGUCGGCACCGAGACCAAACUCGCCAACGUCGAUGCCUAUGUUACUGGCUCGAAUAAAGACGUGGCAGUGUUGAUCGUCCACGACAUCUUUGGCUGGACCUUUCCCAAUGUCCGUCUUCUCGCCGAUCAUUAUGCUAGUGAAGCUGGAGCUACGGUGUACGUUGGAGACUUCUUCGGUGGAGAGGUCGUCCAUCCAGACACAAUGUCGGACCCGGCCAGGCUUGCUGCCUUCGAUGUUGGUGCUUUCCUUGGGAAAAAUGGCAAGGCUGUCCGAGAGCCUGAAAUUGCUGCCUGUGCCAAAGCACUGAAGCAAGAACUUGGAUUCAAAAAGGUUGGCGCUGUAGGAUUUUGCUAUGGUGGCUGGGCAGUCUUCCGUUUGGGGGCCAAAGGAAACGCUCUGGUCGACUGUGUUGCUGCAAAUCAUCCAUCUCUCCUGGAAAAGUCCGAGGUCGACGCUAUCUCUGUCCCAGUGCAGGUCUGCGCAACGGAAAACGAUCCCUUUUUGGCCGGCGAAAUGAUCGAAUACAUCAACAAAGUUAUUCCAACGCUCGGUGUUGAAUAUGACUACCAGUACUUCCCAGGACAAGUGCAUGGAUUUGCUAGUAGAGCUGACACCAGCGACCCCAAGCAGGUCAAGGCAUUGGAGCGAGCCAAAAACGCCACCGUGUCGUGGCUUCGAGAGCAUUUGAGCUCAUAGACAGGCAUUGACAUGUCGACCAUGUAACUUGACAUGGAGGGUGAUAGCGAUCUGGGGCGGAUACCAAGAGCUCCAAAGUACCAAGAAGGCUUCACAACCACAUAAUCACUCCUUUCUAGUCACAGUAAUGCACAGCUAAACUACCCUUGUCCCCUCUUGACAAUAUCGACGACCAUUAAUAAAUGAAGUCGAUCAGGCCCUACACAUGCGUUUAUCUCAG